AUGACCUUCAUCCGCCAAGUUUCCUACCUAGUUGUUCGCAUCUUCCGCUACUUCAUGCCGGCUGAACAUCCCCGUACCUUUGGUCCCGACGGUAUCCCAUCCUUAUACCCCGGCGGAGACUCGGAAAGGAUAUCUAUCAAUUUCUGGACAGAUAUUUUCGAAAAUUUGCCCUCUUCGUCGCCUAACGAAGCGGAGGAACCAUCUGUUACUCGGAUUGAAUGGAAGAAGAAUAAAGGCGCCAUUGGGCACGAGUGGUUACUUGCGACGAUUGAACGGAAAGACGGUUCCAAGUCUUACCUGCGGCUGGAACGUCGACCUUCCAGCGCGCAACUUCUUACAGAAGAAUUUACAAAAAUUGUGGAUACAAGACCGGGGGUACAGAAGGCCUUGAAGAAGGCUCUUCGUGAGGAAAGGGCAUUCUUGAGCAACCCAAUUUGGGUAAGCUCUCAGAAAUCCAUGAGCGUCAGAGGUCCUGUCCAAGCCCAGGACACCAUCGUGCAAACCCGGAAUGCUACUGGCCAACUCAUCAAGUCUCUCGAGGACGCCGAGGUCGUCACAUCUUACAGCAACUUCAAGAAACCCCUCUAUCUCAAGGACCUCAUCUUCGCUGCUUGCACCACAUCUCAAGCUUCCGAUGAAUAUUUACUUUUCCUCCAACAAUGCUAUUGGUUCAGUCGAACCAUCGUCGGCAUUAUCACAACUCAUUAUUAUCCAGACAUCUCCCCAGGCCCUUAUUUCUCUGACAGUGGAAAACUACGACUUUCUCAAGGGAAAUGGUCUUUUCAGAUCAACGAGGAAAACCGGAGAGAAGUCACCAAGCUGGCAGUGGAGCUCACAAAACGCUUAAAAGCUUACAACGAUAUGGUAACGAACUGCUCUUGA